AUGGUCAACAACCAAAAAACGUGGUUCUUGCUUUGGAAAGAUGGCUCUUUGGAGGACUUUCGACUUAUUUGUAAUGUUUCAGUGAUAUCGACUGGCUUCAUCUGGGUGUACCUACGGGUAAAAUCAAGUGACAAGAUUUUGGAUGCAUAUUACACGAUAAUGGUUGUUUCAUUAGCUCAUUUCGGCUUUAUUUUGUUGUUACAGUUGAAAAGGUCCCUUAUCAGAGGAUCGACAAGGUCGUUGGUGCGGUUAGUAUCCAACCCUCGAUUCAGAAUAGAUGAGAAACCAAUCCUUAGAUUUUUGAAAAGGGAGAACACUGGGAUAUUUAUAUUCACUUGUGUAAUGAUUGAUUCAAGGACCAACUGCUGCAAAAUAGGCCUUUUAGUCUACUACGCUAGUUUGAAUCUACUUGAAACAUAUGGCUCAAAGAAACGUGCAGUCAUUAGAAUCGCAAACUUUGGGCUAUGUAUCUUGGAAAAUGUGGUUUUAGUCUUAUUUUGGUACGAAUCGUUCAAGGCACUUCAAUUUAACAGGGCUAUUUGUUAUACCUUGAUGUAUUUGUUGAGGAUUGAGGAAACAGGGUCAACAAACAAGUCAUUGAAAUGGGUAGUAAGAGUUAUCCAGUUUUGCUACAAGAAGCUCAAUCGCAUCGAGGAAGUCAGCACUGGACCCCAAAGUGCUGACAUCAGAUCCACGUCUUUAGGGUUCGAUUGCUAUAGCAUCAUUAGCGACGCAAAGUAA